UGUGCCUCGCUGAACCUCUGUGUUCGCUGUCACCUCACCGCUGCUUCCAGCACCUCUGCUUUGCCCCAGGGCCCUGCUGCCCUGCACUCUGCUCCCAGAGGAAGCCGGAGUCAGCCGAGGCCACCGACCCACCACUGGAGCCAUGGUCCACGGGUACAAGGGGGUCAAAUUCCAAAACUGGGCAAGGACCUAUGGCUGUUGCCCGGAGAUGUACUUUCAGCCCACAUCCGUGGAGGAGAUCAGAGAGGUGCUGGCCCUGGCCAGGCAGCAGAACAAGCGGGUGAAGGUGGUGGGUGGUGGCCACUCACCCUCAGACAUCGCCUGCACUGACGGCUUCAUGAUCCACAUGGGCAUGAUGAACCGCGUCCUCAAGGUGGACACAGAGAAGAAGCAGGUGACCGUGGAGGCCGGCAUCCUCCUGACUGACCUGCACCCGCAGCUGGACAAGCAUGGCCUGGCUUUGUCCAACCUGGGAGCUGUGUCAGACGUGACAGCAGGUGGCGUCAUCGGGUCUGGAACCCACAACACGGGGAUCAAGCACGGCAUCCUGGCCACACAAGUGGUGGCACUGACCCUGCUGAUGGCCGACGGGACCAUUCUCGAGUGUUCCGAGUCCAGCAACGCAGAGGUAUUCCAGGCUGCGCGCGUGCACCUGGGCUGCCUCGGAGUCGUCCUCACAGUCACACUGCAGUGUGUGCCCCAGUUCCACCUGCAGGAGACCACCUUCCCCUCAACCUUGAAAGAGGUUCUUGACAACCUGGACAGUCACCUGAAGAAAUCCGAAUACUUCCGCUUUCUCUGGUUCCCACACAGCGAGAACGUCAGUGUAAUCUACCAGGACCACACCACCAAGCCACCCUCCUCUUCAGCCAACUGGUUCUGGGACUACGCUAUUGGAUUCUACUUACUGGAGUUCCUACUCUGGAUCAGCACCUUCUUGCCAGGCCUUGUGGGCUGGAUCAAUCGCUUUUUCUUCUGGCUCCUGUUCAACGGGAAGAAGGAAAACUGCAACCUCAGCCACAAGAUCUUCACCUACGAGUGCCGCUUCAAGCAGCAUGUCCAGGACUGGGCCAUCCCCAGAGAGAAGACCAAAGAGGCCCUGCUGGAGCUGAAGGCCAUGCUGGAGGCGAACCCCAAGGUGGUGGCCCACUACCCCGUGGAGGUCCGCUUCACUCGCGGGGACGACAUCCUGCUGAGCCCCUGCUUCCAGCGCGACAGCUGCUACAUGAACAUCAUCAUGUACAGGCCCUAUGGUAAGGACGUGCCGCGGCUGGACUACUGGCUGGCCUACGAGACCAUCAUGAAGAAGGUGGGAGGCAGGCCCCACUGGGCCAAGGCCCACAACUGCACCCGGAAGGACUUUGAGAAAAUGUACCCAGCCUUCCAGAGGUUCUGUGCCAUCCGAGAAAAGCUGGACCCCACGGGGAUGUUCCUGAAUGCCUAUCUGGAGAAGGUGUUCUACUGAAGCACAGACAGAAAACAAGCCUAGCCCACCUCAUCCCACCUCCAGGCCCACCUCCCACAGGGUUGAAGGCUCAGCGUCCCGCUGUCCUGAUGGGGAACAGACAUCUCCCCUGGGGCCCUCUGCCAGGACACCCACAGCUGCUCUGACCCACAGCAAGGAACCUGGGUCUGGGCAUCCCCUACCUCCUUCAUCCUCGCAGCACCCCGUGUAAGGAAGAGCACUAAAUUCCUUUACUUCUCCAGCAGCAUCCUCUUAGCCCAAGCCUGUGGUCACCACAUCCCGUUCCCAGGAGACAGAGAAGCUCCCAAAUGUUCUGUGUGUCUAGGAGGAUUCGGCCAGUCUCAGGUUCCACCCGCCCUGCCCACCCUCCUAGAGAGGAGUCCCACCCACAUACGUUUAGACACAGAGGUCGUGUGUGCUGAGCCCUGCUUUCUUUCACCCUCAAGGGUCUUUAAGAUGCUCAGAGGCAUGUGCCCUGUCCUGGGACUGUCCUCUUCCAGGGGGUCCACUAGUCCGCCUGACCUCCCAUAGCCCAACCUGCAGCAUGUCUAUUCCAGGGAUGUUUGGAAAGGGGGACUUUCCUUGCCUUCUUUUUAAUAAAGGCCAAGAGUUCAUUUA